AUGGACCUGAAACUGCUUUUGCUAUCUGCACUGGUAGGAGUCUUCUGCAAUGCUCAAAAAGAGGGGAAUGAGUGCAUCAGUGCUAAUGCCAGAUACUGUGGAGAAUGCAUCCAGGCUGGAGCAAAAUGUGGCUGGUGUACAGAUCCAGACUUCCUAAAGCAAGGAGAGACAGUUUCUACCCGAUGUGACGAGCUUCAGUCUCUUAGAAACCGAGGUUGUCAAGAGAGGUUGAUAGAGAACCCUCGUGGAGAAAAAAGGAUCCUCCAGAACAAAAUGGUGACAAACCGCAGAAAGGGAGCCGAGAAACUAGAGCCGGAAGAAAUCACUCAGAUCCAACCUCAGAAGCUCACUCUCACCCUCAGAUCAGGUGAGCCCCAGUCUUUCAACCUGACCUUCAAGCGGGCAGAAGAUUAUCCCAUUGACCUGUACUACCUGAUGGACCUUUCUUACUCCAUGAAAGACGAUCUGGAGAAUGUGAAGAACUUGGGGACCAGUUUAAUGCUAGAAAUGUCAAAGAUCACAUCUGACUUCAGGAUAGGCUUUGGUUCUUUUGUGGAGAAGACAGUUAUGCCAUACAUCAGUACCACCCCAGCCAAGUUGUUGAACCCCUGUACCGGUGACCAGAACUGCACCAGCCCAUUCAGCUACAAGAACGUCCUUAAGCUCACAAGUGAUGGCAAAAAGUUCAACACCCUUGUAGGCCAGCAGCAUAUUUCUGGAAAUCUGGACUCUCCUGAGGGGGGCUUUGAUGCCAUCAUGCAAGUUGCUGUGUGUGGGGAGCAGAUUGGGUGGAGGAAUGUGACUCGCCUGCUGGUGUUUUCCACUGAUGCUGGCUUCCACUUUGCAGGAGAUGGCAAGCUAGGUGGCAUAGUACUGCCUAAUGAUGGAAAAUGUCACUUGGAAAACAAUUCGUACACCAUGAGCCACUACUAUGACUAUCCCUCGAUUGCUCACUUGGUUCAAAAGCUGAGUGACAACAACAUUCAAACCAUUUUUGCUGUCACAGAGGAGUUUCAGCCUGUUUACCAAGAGCUGAGAAAUCUGAUACCAAAAUCUGCAGUGGGCACCCUGUCUGCCAAUUCAAGCAAUGUUAUCAACCUUAUUAUAGAUGCAUACAAUUCACUUUCAUCUGAGGUCAUUCUGGAGAACAGCAAGCUUCCAGAAGGAGUGACCAUUGCUUACACAUCCCGCUGUAAGAAUGGAGCAAUUACAGAGGGUGAAAAUGGACGAAAGUGCUCCAACAUAUCAAUCGGAGAUGAGGUCACUUUUACCAUUAGUGUGACAUCUAAAGGCUGUCCAAAGCAAGGAAAGUCGGAGACAAUCAAGAUAAAGCCUUUAGGAUUUACAGAAGAGGUCGAGAUUACCCUCAACUUUAUUUGUGAGUGUGAAUGCCAUAAGGAGGGUGUGGCCAAAAGUGACAACUGCCACUUUGGGAAUGGGACCUAUGAAUGUGGAGCCUGCAAGUGUUAUGAGGGACGCGUUGGCAAAAUGUGUGAAUGCAGCAGCAAUGAUGUGGCCACAGAGGACAUGGACCGCACCUGCCGCAAAGACAAUGGCACUGACAUAUGCAGCAACAAUGGCGACUGUGUGUGCGGCACGUGCGAGUGUAAGAAAAGAGACAACCCAGAGGAGCGGUAUAGUGGGCAGUACUGCGAGUGUGACAACUUCAAUUGUGACCGCUCAGGGAACAAACUGUGUGGAGGGCACGGACGUUGUGAGUGCAGAGUAUGCAUCUGCGACAACAUGUGGACUGGAAGCGCCUGUGACUGUUCGUUGGAUACUAGCACUUGUCUGGCAAGCAACAAACAGAUUUGUAAUGGCAGAGGGAAGUGUGAAUGUGGGACCUGCAAGUGCACCGACCCCAAAUUCCAAGGUCCCACCUGUGAAACAUGCCCUACUUGUCCAGGGGUGUGCACUGAACACAAAGAGUGCGUCCAGUGUCGGGCAUUCGGCACAGGUGAAAUGAAGGAAACGUGCGAACGGGACUGUAGCUACUUCAACUUGAUCAAAGUGAAGGACCGGGAUAAGCUUCCUCAGCCCAACGAUGCCGCCUACCCUGUGAUGCACUGUAAGGAGAGAGACGCCAAUGACUGCUGGUUCUACUACACUUAUGCUGUCAACAACAAUACUGAGAAGGAGGUCCAUGUGGUUGAAACUCUGGAUUGUCCUGCUGGUCCUGACAUCAUCCCCAUUGUUCUGGGUGUAGUUGCUGGCAUUGUCUUGAUUGGAUUAGCACUUCUGCUCAUUUGGAAGCUGCUGACAAUCAUUCAUGACAGAAGAGAGUUUGCCAAAUUUGAGAAGGAGAAGAUGAAUGCCAAAUGGGAUACGCAAGAAAAUCCCAUAUACAAGAGUCCUAUCAAUCAGUUCCAGAAUCCAAACUAUGGACGUAGAGCUGCUGUUCUUUAA